GCAGUUAUGGCGGCUCACCUGGACUCUUGGCACUUCAUUCCUCUCUUUAUGCUACACCCACGUCUAGAACCUACGACAUCGAUACUAAUAUCGAUACCAACGACUCCACGGCCAUGCCUAUCGAUACCCAAAUCAUUUCGAUACCGGGGAUGUUGAGUGGACCGGCACAGCAACGUUUGGAAGACAUGUCCUGGUUAGCAUCGGGACCAUCCUUAGACUAUCAACAAGGAAUCUCACCGAUUCCCACAGGAGUGAAGAUGUGCCAUCCUGGCAGUACAGCGCAACGUAGCCUGAAGGAACAACGGAUACGUCGUCCGAUGAACGCCUUCAUGGUCUGGGCAAAGGUCGAGCGCAAGAAAUUGGCCGACGAGAAUCCUGAUCUUCACAACGCCGAUCUAAGCAAGAUGCUUGGGAAAAAAUGGCGAGGAUUGACGCCACAGGACAGAAGGCCCUACGUUGAGGAAGCCGAGAGACUCAGGGUUAUACACAUGCAAGAACAUCCAAAUUACAAAUACAGACCGAGACGUAGGAAACACGCUAAACGAGCACCCGGUGCACCCUCCUCCCCCCCAACAGCUAGUAAUGCUACCAGCAGUAGGUCCAAUCCUACCAAUGCCGCCAUUCAUCAUUCCAUGUCCAAAAUGGAGAGCUAUCAAGGAAUACCACAGAUCCCAUGGGGUGGCCAUUCACCGAUCUCGUCGUUGUAUCAUCAACAACAACAACAACAACAACAACAACAGCAGGGGGGUAUCCAGGAAUAUAAAUCGGAAAAUAAUUCAUUAUACGGUAGCCCGUACACGCCUAUCAUCCAUACACCGGACAUAUCACCAGUUGGCAGUCCUGAACCCGACGGUGAGGGAACGCACCUACCGCCCACGCAAAAUCCUGAUCCAGAACGGGAUCUUAUGGAAGGUACCUCGAAACAACAUGGGGAUAUGAACGAUCAAACGAAACGGUACACAUUCAUGAGUACUGACAAUCAGGUUCAUGGGCCACAUAAUGUUGUUACCAGCAUAACUUCAUGUCAAAAUUCAGCGAGUUAUACGGACACGUUGACUUAUAAGAAAUCGGUUAAUUAUUUGAACUUCGAAAGGCAAACGUCAAGCAUAGCGGCAGUUGGUAUAGCAAAUGGCAUGAUGGUAUCGUGCAACAAGCUUCGUUCUGGUUUCGAAAACGUCGGUUCGGUCACUGGGACGUUUUAUCCGCCUGUUGCCUCUCCCCACGAGCAAUCCUUGCAACAUUACGCAAGUAGCCAGUCCUCGAAAUCAGGAAACUAUUCAAUGCAGUCAGCUGUCGAGAGCAACUACACUUCUGUACAAUGUAGCAACAGGCAACAGACUAUGGGUAUACGCGGGACAGCUGAGGGUUGUUCAGCUGUCAGUCCAAGGUAUCAAAUAUCUCAGCAUCAUCAGGAUUAUCAAACCGAUGCGACAAAUGUUUCGCAUGAUCAGCAACAGCAACAGCAACAGCAACAACAACAACAACAGCAGCAGCAACAACAACAACAGCAACAAAUUAUUAGUCAUAUGGAUCCAACUGUUAUGUCAACUUCGACCGAGGAGGAUCAACAGCAACAACAACAACAGCAACAACAACAGCAGCAACAACAACAACAACAACAACAACAACAGCAACAACAGCAACAAAGUUUACAAUUAGAAAAAUACUUUAAAUAUUCCCAUCCAACCAGCGCCGGUCAUUCUAAUCUCAGAUCACAAAAUUUAUUGGACAGUAAUCACAAUUAUGCCAGUGAUCUGCGUUAUUACGAUCUCGAACAACAACAACAACAACAACAACAACAACAACAACAACAACAAUCGCAAUUCGAUAUAUCAAAUUCUCACUGCAUUGUUGAAGAUCAGAACAAAGAUGGUAGGUGUACUAGUAUGGGGAUUGCUCAUGGUAUGGAGCAAUAUCAUGGUGGUAUGACAAUUGGCAAAUAUCAGGAACAUUCCGCGCAUUCUCAACAACAACAACAACAGCAACAACAACAACAACAACAACAACAACAACAACCGCAACCUCAACCAUCGCAACAACAUACACAAAAUAUUGAGAAUACAACUAAAGCUGAAGAUGAUUUCAGUAUGAUUUUGGCAAACGUAAGAAAGACCUGUUACAGCAGCUAG